ACCCAUCCAUUCCCUGUCACGUCAAUACAUCUCACCUUCCCAGGCAUAUUAACCAAGACCUCGCCCUCCCUUCCAUUCUCAUCGCCAUGGCCCGGAAGGGGAUCCUGUCGCCGGCGUCAAAUAAUCAAGCAAAUCUACCCAAGGGGAUCCGGCCGCGCAAAGGCAAUCGCCUGCAUCCAACUACACCUAGCGAGACACCAUAUCUACAAGAUCCACAGGAUUCGCCGGCACCAGGUCGCAAGCGCAAGCAAUCAAUCGAACACGCGCUCGAAGAUAACCCAGAACCAGACCCAGACCCAAAGCGACAACGGACAUCUCCACGCCCCACCAAAGACGCCUUUGGCGAGCCAGCGAUUGGCAGCGGCGCAUACAAACAUACUGACCUAGUUGCUUUCUGGGUGAAGGAAGGGCGCUGGCCAGAGAAGCAGGACUGGCCGGAAGAGACCUCAGAGACGGAUUUUACCAUGGAUCGUCUACUUGCGCGGAAGAAAUCCUCGUCCAAUCUACGGAAGCGGUCGAUCUCUGCCACAUCCACGACGCCUAGCGACCAGAAGCUGAGGGAGGAGAAGAGUGCACCAUACCGAAACCCACGCUACAAGAUGCUGCUUGAGACCAAAGGCAGCUUUAUGGACGAGUCUGAACUAGGGAUCAUCGACGAGAGCAAGACUUUAUGUCAGACAUUGCUCGAGACAGCACAGGCAGAGCCUCAGGAUACCUUGUUUCGUUCCGAUAUUUUCAAAUUAACCUGCCAGAAGGUAGAAGAUAGGAACGAGACAAGAGUUAUCCGGGAUAUUACACCAUUAAUUGUUCCGCCAGCAGAAAUCCUAUAUAUAUAUGGUGCCAGCCACCUUAAACAUCUCAUCGAGAGCGUCAACGAAGGGUGGAACAACUCGAUCCCUCUCACUAGUACCCGUCCACAGCCUGACUACUCCGUUGGGUUUAAACGAGACGCAUUCAGUGAGGACCAACUCGCCAAGCUAUCGCCAUUUAUUGGCGACUUCAUCGCCGGGGACCAGUCCUUCUUUAUGGCCACAUACUAUAUGUACUUCCCGUUCCUGACUUGCGAGGUGAAAUGUGGCACCGCAGCACUUGAUAUCGCGGACCGGCAGAACGCCCAUAGUAUGACCCUUGCGGUACGGGGCAUCGUCGAGCUCUUCCGUAUUGUUAAUCGCGAGAAUGAGAUCAACCGGAAGAUCCUCGCAUUCUCCGUCUCGCAUGACCACCGGUCGGUACGGAUCUACGGCCACUACCCGGUGAUAAACGGGAAAGAUACUAAGUACUACCGGCACCCGAUCCAUGAAUUUUCUUUCAUUGCGCUAGACGGGAAGGACAAAUGGACGGCAUAUCGAUUUACGAAAAACGUCUACGAUAUGUGGAUGCCCGAGCAUUUCAAGAAUAUCUGCUCUGCCAUCGAUCAGUUGCCCUCGGAUUUGGACUUUGAUGUGCCAUCACUUUCUGAGGCGACUGGGCUUUCCCAGGAUUUGGGGAACUUGAUGCAGUCAGAUGCCAGCUAUGCUUCUAUGCCUGACGAGCAGGGCAGCCAAUUGAGCAAUGCCGAGCAGCAAGUGGUCACUCUAGGUACCUCAUGUAGUGAGCCGAAGAGGAGGAAAGGAUAAGGCCUAGAAGGGCUGUAAGGUAUUACUAGGUAGAUGGUAUAGGAUUCAAUUGACUGUUGUCUUGAUCGUGCUUAUAACACAGAAAACCGCACUGGCAGUGUCAUCCUCGUCGUUGCUGUGACGAC